CAGCUCGCCGGCACGUUAUUCAGUCAGUGUCCAUUCCGCAACCGGUACUGCCGCCGACACACCGCGGUAUUCGCCAAUAAAUCCGAAGCCGCUACAAACGUCGUAAUCAGUUCGCGCGCAAACCUCUCCGUGUGUCCUCCGCCCGGUCAGCCGCCGUCGCGUGCACAAUAAACCGUCGUUGACAUCGUACCCAUAGUUUGCUUUUUUUUUUUUUUUUUUGGCCGACAACAACUACACAGGAUACGGUUAACUGUCCAGCAAUGAUGAGAGCUGCAAAAAAGUCUACAUCGUAUUGUAAUAGAUAACAACUAUCAUUAAUACAACAGGAAUGAGAAACUUUGGGAGAUCGUCUUUGUGGACCGUGUUGUUGUUACUGUUGAUGUGGUUCGAGAGCAACGUUACUGGUGCCUACGACGACAGCGAUGAGAAAUCGUCUGCGCCCGGGAAGGACACGCCUCACUCGCGGCAAAAACGUCUGCUGUGGAUCACCACGGACGGUCGACUGGCCUUGCCACCCGGCACCAGACUGACCAUAACGCCAUCGUUGUCCCUUCCGUUCGUCAGGUAUCCACCGGACGGGUUCCUGUCCAACAUGUCCAUCAGCUUGCCGUUCACCAUCGAUUUUGACGCCCUGGGACUGACCGACAACCAGAAUCCGUUUGGCGCCUUUCCGCCGAUACUGGCCAGGAGCAUGGGCAGGCAAGCGGGCGUGAUGCUCUCCGACUACGUGGCUAGCCUGAUGGACGGCCGGAGAUCGACCAGGUCCGUGCCCACGUUACCCAAACCGAUACACUCGUACUUCCAAGGAGGUGAAAGAGCUUUGCUGUACACCGUAGUGGAAGACCUGUUGACGAACUUCGGGAUGGAUGGCAGAGCGUGUCUCCUGCGAGCCAUAUGCGAAGUUCACGGACACAAGUCCAUUCACAAAUUCGGUUUCAUCGGCGAAUUUCUACAGUUGUUCCUGACGGCAAGUAGAUCAACGUACGCCGAUUUGAUGGAGGAUUACGUGACCGCCGAGACAGUUGGGAAACGCAGUAAAGAAUGUUACCCGUACUUUAAGGAAUGCCCAAAAUCGUUGUUUACGUACAACCAUAAUUAUUCGAAAAACGAUUUGUCACCGGAGGACGAAGGAGAAGAACACGAUGACGAAUCGGUGCUGGCCGACGAAGAUGACAACAACAUACAGAACGACGGCGAUAACGACGUCGACCGGAGGAAGUCGAGCGGCGGAUCAAAAGUGACGGUGAAUCCGGCACCGUUGGCCAUGUGACCCGGUUAAAACGCGAGUGUAAAUAAUCAUACUCUUCGGCUAGUAACGAUCGUGUUGCAAACCGUCCGUCAACCGCGGAUUUCGCUUUUACGCAACAAUGAUAAAAUGUGUAUCGACCGUGAAAAAAAAAACUAAUUAUCCUUUUCACCCCUUAUCAAUUAUUUCAUCCCAUUCCGGUCCGCAACCGGUUCCUUUCGAUUUUUCUUCGUCCCUGAUUCAGUACUUACGGUUUUCUCCGUCGCAUUGUGGCACUUUAUCGAUAAUAAUUGUUAAGAUUUAAUAACACGUCGCGAGGCAUAGCUAUACCCGUUGACUGCGAUUCGGCCGCGAACAGCGGUUACGGUAGGAAACCAAGAACUAUUAGAGAACCGACAAAAAAAUUACCGUUCAACUGAAACGACAAAUAUACGUUUUUUCCGACGCGCUCGUUCCGCGACCGUGAAAUACUUCUUGGGAAAUGCAGUUUUCCGCGAUUACCAAACCUCAACACCGUAUAGUAAUAUAUAGGAACGUGUAGUAAUAUAUCAACGAUUUUCUGUGAUACAAAUAUCAGCGUAUUUCCGGUGUAGCAUUAAUCAUUAUUUGACAACUUGUACUGAUUCUUCGACCUCACCAUAUCAUUAAACGAAUGCUUUGAUUCACGCAUCGUCUGUUCGAAAUAUACUUGAAUUUGCAGCUGCUAUAUUGUGUUUCUUUACUAGACGAUUCAUUAAAUUUCAAAUUUUUUAAUGAUUUAAUGAUAUUAAUUUAUUUUUUCUCCGGGUAAAAUGAAAAACACUUUCAAAACGGUUUGCGAGCAAAUCGUUUAAUUCUUCGAGCGUCCCGUCAACUGCUAGCAAUAAUCCGAAUCGACGCCUCGAUUAACUUACAAGCAUCAGUUGUGAUUCGGUAUACUAAUAUACUGCAGUCGACGGUCGCUAGAACACCACGGUUUGUUGACCGAGAAAUAAUUGUACUCUCAACCGUCAGUCCCGGCUUCUGAUUUUCAGCCGUUACUCUUUUCGGAUGGCUCUAUAACAGAACUUUCAAUAAAAUAGAAUUUUCAAAAUGAACAUAUAAAAUGGAAACGUGAACGUUCCUUUGUGUCAGUUUUAUGUAGAAAUGUUCGAACAUAUUCCUCUGAUCGGAGGGAUGUCACUGAUUGUUGGUUGUUGGUUCAUUCAGCUGUAAAUCACUCGUGUAACACAACGAAGUUUAUCAGCUGACCACGUUUAAACGUUGGCGUUUAAUAUUUUUUAUUUCAUUCAUUUUUAUACCUCUCCUCCCCUCAUCAGCCUUACCGAAGGUUUCACUUCCGCUGUGCCUUACAACGUUUCACACCACGAAUAUCGUUACAUAUUUUAUUAUUGGUUUUUUUUAUUUUUAUUAAAUAAUAAUCAUUAAUUUA